AUGGCUAACAUCACAACCAUCGGAGGACCAGCUGCGAAGUUGCCUAGAAAUAACCAGGAGAGCUGGCUCCUGACUGCAGGGAGCGAGGAGGCACAUGGUUGGCGCCGAAAUUCCACUCUGGCUGGAAAAUUCAAAGACAAACGUCGUCGAAUAGUCCGCCAUCGACCGAAUUCACCCAUUGACGACAACCUCCCACGACCAGCUUCGGGACCGCACAAUACCGCCAAGAUGGUCGCCGCAAAGAAGCAUAUCACGAUCGUGAAGAAGCACAAGAAACGCUUCAACCGCCACCAGUCAGAUCGCUAUAAGUGUGUCGAUCCGUCAUGGCGAAAACCAAAGGGCAUCGACAACCGCGUCCGUAGACGGUUCAGUGGCCAGGCUUCUAUGCCAAAGAUCGGUUACGGAAGCAACAAGAAGACCCGACACUUGACUCCCUCCGGCCACAAGGUCUUCCUCGUUCAGAACCCCAAAGAUGUUGAACUCUUGUUGAUGCACAACCGGACAUACGCUGCUGAGAUUGGACAUGCUGUUUCAUCAGGGAAGAGAAUCGACAUCAUCGCAAAGGCCAAGGCACUCGGUGUCAAAGUCACCAACCCCAAGGGCAGACUCACGACUGAGUCGUAG